AUGUGGUCUUGGUGGAGUUCUGCAUCUCAACCCAUAAAUACAACUACAUCAUCAUCAUCAUCAUCAAAAACAACAGAAAUGAAUGGUUACUCACUCACUCUGGAGGAAAAGUUGCAACGAGUCACAGCUAACGACAUUGCACACGUAACAGUAAAAGAUGUGGAGCGUGUAAAGCGGCAAGUGACACCAGAAGAACUACAACGUGCGAUGCGUGUGAUGCUAGAGGAUAAUAGGUACGCUGAGGUGAUAGCGUCGGCUUCUUCUUCAUCGUUGCGUGCUGCCGCCACUGAUCUGACAGCAGUACAGCGUCACAGUUUAACGAUAGUUACAAAAACAAAUCUUCUUGCACUCUAUAAUGUUCUCUCUCAUGUGACGGAGAGACACUUGGCAGAAAUCAACGCUAUUUUCGGUUUUGAAAACUGA